AUGGCUCGACACGUUUAGAUGGUUUAAACUCACAGAUUUAAAUAUAUUACCUCCCAAAAUGGAUAAUUCAAGUGAUUCGAGUUUUGUUAGUGUUGAUACGUGGACUAGGAUAUUUGUUACGUAUAAUUUGGAACCUGGUGUUUACUUCUGGAAUUUCAUCAUGUGAACGUAACCUCACACUGCGACAGCGCAUGCGCACCGAAGUGGCGAUGGCUCCCGAGGAGUUGGAAGACGUCUUCGACUCGCUGGACGUAAAGGGCAGCGGGGUUCUCACGCUGGAGCAGUUUCUGGGAGGAUUCGAUCGCUUCCUCAACUCUCGAGCGAGGAGCAACGGCGUGGAGGCCCACGACGACGCCGACGACCUCUUCUCGGGGGAGGACUCGGGCAUCAGCCUGCAGACGCAGGAUGGCGAUGAGGAGCACCUGCAGGACCUGCUGCAGCAGCUGACGGCGGCCGGCCUGCACGGGGGCGACGCGCUGCGGCGGGUGUGGCGACAGGCGCGGGACGAGGGCGGCGCGCGGCUGCAGGCCGACCUGGAGGCCUUCCUGCAGCAGCUGGCGCGCGAGCUGUGGCGGCGCCAGCGCGACUACCAGCAGCUCGAGAUGACGCUCGAGCGCCACAAGCAGGAGCACAAGCACGAGGUGCAAAGGCUGUUCGAGGAGAUGGAGGCGCAGCUGGCCGAAGACAGGGAGAAGAUUCUGAGGCAGGGAGAAGAGAAGCUAAGACUUAGUAGAAAGGUUCUAGAGCAAGAAUUAGCAAAUAAGACAAAGAUGCUGCAUAAAACUUGGGAAGAUCAUAAUUGCUUGACGGAACAACUGCAAGCUCUUCGAUGUAGUGAGUCAGCAGCAAAACAGGAAAAUGCUCAAUUAUUGAGGAGUAAGGAGGAACUGGAGCUUCGACUAACUCAACAAUGUCGAGAACUACUACGCUUGCAACAUAGUUUAGAAGAAUGUCGUCAAAAUGAAGAAGCUGAGAGAAAGAAAAACCUUUCUGAGGGAUUUCGUCUUGCAUGCAGCAUAAUGAUACAUGAUGCAUCUUUCACAAGUUUUGAAACCACUAGUGGUGUUCUAGAUGAUUAUGAAUAUGAUGAAGAUUUUUGCCAUCCAGUAUUUCAGAAAACAGACCUUUUAAGAACUUUAGGAACUCAGACAACAAUGUCGUACAGUUCAGGAAAAUCAAGUCUUCAAGAAGAACUAGAAAGUUCAAAAUCGAGUGAAUGUGAUUUUACCAGUCUGCAUAAAAUAUUUUGAAUGAGUGUUGUACAAUUUUUAUUUUAGGCAAAUCAAUAAAAUUAUGUAAUAUAUGUUGUUAAUAAAAUGUAUUUUCUUAGAUGA